CCUUAGUUCUAGAUAGAGACUGUUUCAUUAGAAUAUUUUACAUGCCAAGUUAGUUUUAUCUACUUUUUGCAUUUUCGAAAACAUGAAAUAAAGAUGCUUCAUUUUUCUUGCUAGAGAGAUAGAUGAAUAAAAAGUAAUUCUUAACAGCGGAAAAGUACAAACACUACAUGGGCAUUAUAUAUUUUUCAGAGCAAUUUACACUGAAAUUUAGGAUAUUUUUUGUCCAAAAUCCAGGCUAGGAGCAUUGCCAUUGAUUGGCUGAUCAGGAUUAUCUAAAAACCCAUUUGGUUAAAAGUUUAAGAACUAUGUUGCAGUAGAUACUAUAAGGGAAAUCUUUCUCAUAUCUGGAGAUUGAAGUCCUUCUACAUACACUGAAAUUCUUUUUCAUAAUCUAUAGUGUUAGAAUUAUUGGUUUAUGUGUGAGUGGGUAUGAGCUGUGUGUGAGUGUGUAUGAGUUGUGUGUGAGUUGUGUUAAGUGUGUUACAACUAGAGAGCACUCUCUCUAGUUCUAUAAAUGUAAGCUUAAGAGUAGAAAUGAAAUAAGAACUUUGAGAAACAUUUUUUUUCUCUCUUUUAGAUCUUAAGUUGGUAUCAGAGCGGGUUCAUCCUGGUUUCCGUGUGUUGUCCACCAGCACUGUCACUGCUGGUCGCACCUGUCCGGUGCCGUUAGUCGUUGUCUGCGACUGUCUCGCCACUAUCUGCAGCUGUCAACUGCAGUUUCAAGUUCUUCAACUUGGUUAUCCGCCAUCCAGGUAUCUGUCCGCCGCCGUCCGCCGCCGUCCGGCUCCGUCACGCGCCGCCGCGUUGUGCGCUGCGAACAAGCGCGUGCUGCCCACGCGCCGCCAUCUGCUCACCGGAAAGUCUCCGUGCCACCUCCAUAGCUGUCGCCCUCAGCUCCUCUGUCCGUUCUGACCCUCAAAAUCUUACUUUGGUGGGUCUAGAAGCUUCUCUUUAAGAAAACCUUAAGAAACCCUCUAGGGUUUUCGGGUCCUACACGGUUUUUUCUGAUUCUUUCUUUGAAAAAUGGCAUCUGGAAGUGCUCUUUCUUUCUCUGGAAGUCCCUCAAUCACUUCCGAAAAGCUAAAUGGAAAGAAUUAUAUGUCUUGGUCUGCUGCUGUAGAAAUGUGGUUCCUUGGUCAAGGACGUUAUGACCACCUUGAGCAGGAUGGGAGUCAAGUACCUUCUGACAAAGCUGAACAAUGGAAACAAGCUGAUUUUCAACUGUGUGCCCUAUUGUGGCAAUCUGUGGAACCCCGACUUUUGAUAUCUCUUAGAGCCUUCAAGACAUGUCACACCUUUUGGAAGAAAGCCCAAAGCAUUUAUGCUAAUGAUAUUCAACGUCUCUAUGAUACCGCAAACAAGCUCGCCUGUCUCAAAAUGACAGACCAUGAUAUGGUCUCCUUCAUGACGGAAGCCCAAGCAGCUGUGGAAGAAUUGAGAAUGUUCUUGGAAUCUUCAGAAGAUAUCAAAAAGAAGCUUGACCAGUAUUAUAUGGUAAUGAUCCUACGUGCUUUGCAUCCAGAUUUGAAUCACAUCAGAGAUCAACUUCUGACAAGUCAUGAAGUCCCUUCCUUGGAAGCCUUGACCACACGUCUUCUUCGUGUUCCUGUGCCUCAGUCUCAAGAAACUCAUGAAACAAUAGAACCAUCUGUCAUGGUUGCCACGCGAGGAAGAGGACGUGGAACUAGAGGAGGAGGACGUGGAGGACGUGGAGGUCGGGGACGUCAAUGCUCUUACUGUAACAGGAUGGGUCACACCCAAGAAAACUGCUACUCCUUGCAUGGCUUUCCUUCAAAAACCGCCAAUAUCUCUCAGGCUGAAACUUCCACUUCCAACUCCAAGUUUACUGAGGAAGAGUAUCAAGAGUAUCUGCGCUUAAAGUCUAACAGCUUGGCACAAUCAUCUCAGUCCUCAAGCACAUCCACAGCUUGCAUUUCUCAAUCCAUGGCAGGUCCAAAUUCAUGGGUAAUUGACUCGGGUGCUUCUGAUCACAUUUCUGGAGCGUGGCUCGGGGAGACAGAUUGGAGAAGGAUAUGAAGCUGGAGGUUUAUACCAUUUUGGAUUUCGUCCACGGGUAUCUUGUGUUGCCGCUCUUCCCCCUAAAGUGUUACAUGAUUGGUUUGGCCAUCCUAACUUGUCAAAAUUAAAAAAGAUGUGUCCUGAACUUAGUGGUCUUCAAACUUUAGAAUGUGAGUCCUGUCAACUAGGAAAACAUGUUAGAUCUGUCUUCCCUAAAAGAUCUCAAUCAAUGUGUACUUCUAGUUUUUCUAUUAUUCAUUCUGAUGUCUCGGGACCUAGUCGCGUCUCUUCUUUUGGUUUUCGGUAUUUUGUUACCUUUAUUGAUGAGUAUUCUAGAUGUACUUGGGUUUAUCUGAUGAAAGAUCGCUCUGAAUUGUUA